ACGUCUCGAUGCUGGUGCGACCAACAUGGCGGAGCCGAGAGAGGAGGGUGAUCACCGCGCCUCCAGAUGCACAGGUUCAUCGCGCACGGAUGAGGAUUUUCUCACCAACACUGCUUGUCAUUCUCCUGGUACGUGGGAAGAAGAUGGCGAUGCAAGUGAGGAUGAAAUGGAAACUGAGGGUGGUUGGCCACGGAUUCUGUCCAGUGAACAAUCUCCUGAGGCACUAGACUUCAGCACAACAAAUAGAAUAAAAGCUGAAAGAAGACUUGAUUUGUCUACAACUGUGAAUGAAAGCAGCUUUGGUCAGAGAGACUCGUUUGGAAGACAAAAUGAUGGUUUUAACAAUAAAGAGCAAACUUUGUUACGCAGGGGACAUCUUUUGUCGGUUGAAGACACAAGUGAUUACAUGAAUUCGGGUGAACUUGUUGCCGUGCCUUUAGGGGAAGACAAUAAUGAUGAAGUUGAUUUUGAUCCAGUGAGCAGUCCACACAUUCGGGUCUCUCAUAGCAACCAGACCACUCUCGAAGAGGAAAAUGGAGUUGAACAGACCACAUAUAAGGAAGCUGAGGAAAAGAGGAAACAGUCUAAGUUUGAUGAGCUGAUGUGCAGGAAGCAGCCUUUUGGAAGCAAACCUGCUGAAUGUGAAUCAGAUGGUGCUAACAACUUCGAGAAAGGGUUUUUAUUGAAAAAUAAUGAAUGUAACAAGGGCUUUGAUUAUGAAAAUGGGAAUCGGGAUGUUCAUAAAACAACUUUGUCUCACAGGAAUGAAGAUAAUUCAUUAUUACGUAAUUCAGAGAUAUUUAAUAUUUCUGAGAAUGGAAAUGAUAUUUUGAGAGCAGGUGGUAACCCUGCUCUGAAUGAAGAACAAAUAUCUACAACAUUAGUACAUAAAGUAGUAACCCUGAAAGAAUCCCAGGGGUUUCCAGCGAAAAGACUAGACAAGGAUUUUGUUCCAGAAAGUAGGUUGGGAAUCAGUGAUGGUUUUCAAACAGUGGUCGAUUCCUUGCCGAGGGGAUUGCUGGAGGAGCGAGUUGACUCUCCAAGAGUUGAAGCCCCAGAUAAGGGAAAAAAUGAAAAAAAACGAAAAGCAAUUGCACAUAAAGAAAUAUUUGCAGAUGAAACACUUGACCUAGAUAGUCUUGAAUCCGAGGCAACUGUUACAGCAUCCUCUGUGGAAAAGAGUUCAAAGUCACACCGCCAUAGUGAAGCUCCAAAAAACACACCAACUGUCGAUUUUAUGUCAGGAAUGAAAAUAAAAGAUGAACCUUUGGAUGAAGGAUAUGAGAAAGCCUUGGUAUCGCAAACAGGUGUAAGAGUUAAGGACGAGCCAGAUUCACAACAGGUAUACGGUCAGCAUUCCAAGCCUCAGGAGUCUGAUAUUCGAAUCAGUGCUGUAUUCUCAGUGGGCGGUGCAAAGACUGUAUCACAAUCGGCGCAGUCGAAUGUGUCGGGUUCUUCCACCUCAACCAAGUCACCUGCAAGUGGCGGUGUGCAGCCAACACCAACUCCUGCUAUGAGUGUACGUGUCACUUGUUCGGGUUGCAAGAAGAUUCUACAGAAGGGACAGACUGCCUAUCAGAGGAAAGGUUCAACCCAGCUCUUCUGUUCUACCCUCUGCCUUACUGGAUUCUCAACACCAACUUCAACAUCUCUUCCUCCUGCAAAAAAAUACUGUUAUCUCUGCAGCAAAGAAAUCAUGAACCCAAAGGACCUAGUAAUGGGUCAGAUUGAUGGUAGGGGGCCAUACAAGGAAUUCUGUAACCAUAACUGUUUAUUUGAGAUGAAAAGAAAGUCUGCCUCAACGACUAAUAAUAUCACCACCAAGUGCAGCAUUUGUCAGAAAAUGUCUGUUGUCCGCCAUGAAGUGAACUACCAGAAUGUUGUACAUAAACUUUGCAGUGAUAUAUGUUUCUCCAAGUUUCGAAUGGCUAACAAUCUCACUAUGAAUUGCUGUGAUAACUGUGGAGCUUAUUGUUACAGUGGGUCAGCACAAUGUCACAUGCUUCAGACUGAAGGGCAGUGUAAGAAGUUCUGUGGUUCUGCUUGUUUGUCUACAUUUAAACAGAAACAAUCAAAGAUUGCUCCCUGCACCUGGUGCAAAUCUCUGAGGGCAUCUGCUGAAAUGAUUGAAAACAUAAACUCUUUUGGAAAAUCUGAACUCUUUUGCUCAGUUAACUGCCUUUCAGCCUAUCGAGUACAAAUGGUUACUACACAAGGUAGUAAUAGCGUUCAAUGCAACUACUGUAAAGUGACAACGAUACCCCAGUACCACCUUGCUAUGUCUGAUGGCAGUAUUCGGAACUUCUGCAGUUAUAAUUGUGUGGCUUCAUUUCAGGGAUUAUUCAGUCAGGCUGCUCCAGGCUCUCAAACUGUUGUACCCUUGUCGCAGGGUCAGGUAACAGUGAACAUUCCAUCAACCACUUCGGUGGUGUCUGGUGCUGCCACAGUCUCUUCCGCUGUCACCACAUCAGCGGCAGCAGGGUUACAGAGGCUUGCCCAAUCCCUGCAGGUGACAGUAGGCCGGACACUUAUCAGGUUAAAAUGCCAGUAUUGCCAGCGGUUGUUCUCCUCUAAGCCUGAGCUUCUUGAGUACAAGGGGAAAAUGGUUCAAUUCUGUGGGAAAUCUUGCUGUGAUGAAUAUAAGCGGAUCAACUCUGUGUCUGCAGUAUGUGAAUACUGUCGGUAUGAAAGGAUUGCCAAGGAAACUCUAACGUUUUCAGGUGUUGACAAACCAUUCUGUAGUGAAGGCUGCAAGCAUCUUUACAAGCAUGAAUUGGAUAAACGUUGGGGACUUCAUUGCAAAGCUUGUAGUACCUGUUCACAGUCUUCUAAACGUCUGCUCAAUCAACAGUUUGGUGGAAAAAUAGAAGAGUUCUGCAGUGAAGAAUGUUUGUCCAAAUUUACUGUUUUGUUUUAUCAGAUGGCUAAGUGUGACUGCUGCAAGCGUCAAGGUAAACUAAAUGAAUCCAUUAAAUGGCACGGGGAAACCAAAUAUUUCUGUAACCUUCAUUGUGUUCUGACAUUCUGCAAUCAACAUCAUCUAACAGAGAUGUCGUCUCAAGAUGGAAAAGUAACGGUACCAAAUGUUCCCAGCAGUCAGAGGAAGGAGCCGACUCCAGUGAUAGCAAAUGUGAUAUCGUUGGCGAAUACUCCGCCAGUGCAGAAUACCACUUGUUCAACAACAACUUUAAGUGCAGGUGGGACUUGUAUGACUUCAGGAACUAAGGUUACUGGAGAGAUCGGUACACAGACAGACGUUCUUCGAUUACCACCUUCUGCCCCACCCAAGGUUCUCAAGAAUAAAGCACUCUUGUGCAAACCUAUUACACAGACCAAAGCGACAUCCUGUAAGCCGCACACUCAGACCAAGGCUUGUCAGACAGAAGCGGUUCAGACUGGGAUUUGUAGGUGCAACUGUCCAAAGCAAGAUGAAGAAUGGAAGCCACGUGUGGUCAUAUUACCUAUUCCUGUCCCAGUUUAUGUACCUUUGCCUCUACAUCUUUACACACAGUUUGUACCAUUACCGUUUGGGAUACCUGUGCCUCUGCCAGUUCCAAUGUUCAUUCCAACAACCUUGGACGGUGCAGACAAGAUAAUUGAAACAAUCCAGGAAAUAAAGGAGAAGAUUCCCUUAAAUCCUUUUGAGGCAGACCUUCUAACAAUGGCUGCUAUGAUUGCAGAAGAGGAGGAAAAAGAGAAAACUAUUUCACAUGGUGAUCAGGGUAGCACGUACAGUGGGGAUCUUGAAUCAGAGGCCGUGUCUACACCCCAUAGCUGGGAGGAUGAACUGAGUAACUUUACUAUGAAGCAAUCGCUUGCAUCUGUACCUCUACCUCUACCUCCUCCUCCACUACUAGCUGAACCACAAGUGCAGUUACUUCUAAGUGACGAGCUUGAGGAUGACCUGGAAGCCGACAUAACUAUUGCUACCCUUGAAUCAUCGCGUCGAGAGCAGUUGGCAACAGCACGGCAGAAUAGGGCAAAGCAGCGUGCAAAAAUCAAAGAUGGCUUUGUGCAGCCGAGAAAACGGGGAAGAAAAAAAUCUAUUGUUGGCUACACCCGAGAAGUUAUUCAGGAGCCUGCAGUUGGAGUGAAUGACAUUGGUCUAUCUUUGAAGUACAUGUACGGUGUGAAAGCUUGGAAAAGAUGGGUGCAGUUUAGGAACAAGAAAGGAGAACCCACAGAGGAACUGCGAUUUGGAGCUCGACCAAUGAAAUUAAAGGAGGAUAUUUUGUCAUGUACGGCUGCUGAGCUGAGUUUUGGGCUGUGUCAAUUCAUUCAGGAAGUAAGGAGGCCAAAUGGAACAAAGUACGAGCCGGAUAGUAUCUUCUACCUUUGCCUAGGAAUUCAACAGUAUAUAUUUGAGAACAACAGGAUUGAUAACAUCUUCACAGAUCUUUACUAUACAAAGUUCACAUCGGAGCUCACAAAGGCUCUGAAAUGUUGGCAGCCGCAGCUUCUCCCGAGUGGCCAGUUGUUUUGCAGGAUUGAGGAAGGACAUUUAUGGGAAUGUAAACAACUUGGAGCAUAUUCUCCAACAGUUCUUCUCAACACGUUACUGUUUUUCAAUACCAAAUACUUUCAGUUGAAAAGUGUCAGUGAACAUAUGAUGCUUUCCUUUGCUCGUGUCAUGAGGUGUACAAAGUCUUUGAAACAUAACACAAAGAUGACCUACCUUCGAUUCUUCCCACCAAUAUACAAAAAGGAGAAAGAUAUAGAUAAGUUACAACCACUCGGAAAGAGGAAGCGCAGUGAAGAGGAGGAAGAAGGUGCUAUGGAAAUGGCUGAAAACACCGACAAUCCACUCAGAUGUCCAGUGCGUCUCUUUGAAUUCUAUCUGUCCAAGUGUUCUGAGAGUGUGAAGCCAAGGAGCGACAUUUUCUACCUUCAGCCUGAGCGCUCAUGUGUGCCUGACAGUCCAUUGUGGUAUUCAACCUUACCAACUGACCCUGCCAUCCUAGAUGCCAUGUUAACUCGUAUUCUCAUGGUGAGGGAUGUUCACGAAGAGCUUGCAAACGUUAAUCAUGAAGAUGAGGAAGUGGAAGAUGCAUCUGAAUGAACUAGAUUUUUAUCUGUUUUUAAGCACUGAAUUCUGGAAUGCAUGUACCCAUGAAGAGUAACUGACUUCUCGGAGUACAGUGAACUCCUCUUCUAGGUUGAUAUAGGGACAGGGAAGAGAGGGUCAAUGAACACACUGGUCAAACAAAAUCUAUGUUGAUAAUUACAUUGACAGGAAAUCUUGGUGCUUUAAAAUAAUUACAGUCUAAAGGAUUUUUUUUUGUUGAGAUGGACAAGUGAUGUAAAUCUGUUUUUCCCCAAGCAUUGACACUCUACUUCAUUGUGUAAACAGAUGUUUUAAUUUUAAAAACAAUGCGUGAUAAAUUCAUUUUUAAGGAGAGCAGAAAAAGGAGUGAAAAUAGGAUGGAUAUGGAGUGUGGGGAAAGCCAAGAAGUAUUUAAAUGACCAUUUUAGAAUGUUACAAUGGAACUUGAAGGACAUAUUUUGAAUGAAUCUCUUAUAGCGAGACAGUAUUUCGGCCAUUUAAAUGUUGACAUCUAUGAUUGAAACCACUGUUUAGUCUCUAGAUUGCUGUUAACCACGAAACUACUUUUAUUUUGGAAAAAAGAAUUAACAUUGAAUUGCAUCUACUAACCCCUUGUUAAAAUGUCCUGUGCUCACAUUUUAUUUAGAGGAGAUGUGUGUGCUGUAAGUUUAGAUGUAGAUGUGCACCUGAGUAUAAAUUUGUAUAUUUUGACGGUAAUGGGGCAGCUAAAAGGAUGUUGUUAUAAGUUUAGGUUCUUGCUGACAUGUUUUUGUACAUACAUUUUAAUUACAUUUAUAUCUUGACUGUGUAUAAAAUAAGUGCUUAUGUGAAGCCUGAUCAGACUUUACAUACUGCAGAGUAAUUACAUUUGUAGAAAAACCCACUGUACUCCCUGUUACAUAAUACAGUUUGCAUUGUAGUAAACAGGUGUUUGUGUGAAAGUACCUUUUACCUCUUCAUUAACCGAGAAACGCACUGUUCCCCAUUGACGUAAAUAAUGGGAAACGUAAAAAAAAUUAAUACACUAGAUACUGUUCUUAGUUUGGUUUGCACAAGAACCUUUUAUACACGGAAAUUGCUGUGAUUUAAACACAUGAAUUAUUUUGUUGUUGUUAAGGGAAGAACUUGGUUGUAAUGCACUUUCUUUCUGCUGCAUUCUAUAUAAAGGUGCACGUUUUACACACAGCUCCCCAGCUCAGACAUUGAGCAGGUAGUGCUUGCUGCUGGACUAAAGCUGUAAUUAGAUGAUUCCCAAAAGUGAUGGAGAGGAGCAUUAAUCUUCUUUCUACAGUUUUUUUCUCAAUAGUCGUGGCUUCUUCUCAGCUAAGUGUAUUCUGCUACGGUCUCAUAAAUGAGCCACAUUCAAAGGACCUUCAGUUGGAAAGUCAAUGCUGUGGUGAGAAGCCCCACCUGUGCUUUUAAAGUCCUCUGAAUACAGCUCAAUGAUGGGAACAUUGAAAUUCAUUGAAUUUCUUCUUUUUGAACUGGAAAGCAAUCACCAAUCAAAUGUGCCCCCUUUCGCUCCUUGACAGAGUGUUGGCAAACAUAAUUUUAAUUGUUUAUUUUAUGAAUCUAACAGAUGGUUACUUUGCAAGCAUUUUUGCAGUAUAGGAAUAGACAAUGAAGCUUAGUUCUAUUCCUCAAUUAAUUGAACCAUAAUGAGAAGAUUUAACACAUUGGCACCCUCAGCAUGUGCCAGCAGCACCUAUCCAAAAAUUAUGCAUAAACUUUUCAUCCUUAAUCAAUAAAGAGAAAAUAUUCCCACACUGCUUAGCUUUGCCUCUGGAUUUAUCAACAUUUAGUAGUGCAUUUUCCCUUUUUAUUGUUCACUGAAGUUUCCAUAUGUUUUGGACUAGUGUCAACAUUGACCCGUACCAAGUUCAGAUCAAGCAAAGGUUAAGAUGCAGGUUGAAACUCCAUCAACCCAACAGUGUGCCUUAACCAGUGUCUGGAAGAGCAUCCCCUUCGCACAAUGUAAAUAUUCCAUUUUGAUUCAUUAAGUGACAGCAUUAGUCAAUCUGUGCUGAAUUCGGAGCAAUAUUUUGCUGUUGGAAUACACUGAUUGUGACUACCUGAAAUGUAAUACUUUUCAGGCCGUUUCAACCAAUAAGUAAGAUAAAGCUUUCAUACUGUCACCUUGGGUGCGGGUCAAAACCAGAUCACAGAGGAAAGGAUUGUAUCAAGUCUGUUGUAUCACCUCAACCAACUGCCAGUGCUUUCCCCAAAAGUAGCAUUAUGUCCUUGCAUGUUCACAGAUCAUGUAAAUCAGAGGGCAAGUAACUAAGCAUGCAUUUUCUAAGUUUUUUGUUUGAUUCAAAUGAAUGCAAUGAAGUCAAUAAGGUUGGCGGAGGGUUGGAAAGCACUUAGCUAAGUUUGCAGAGUUGAUAUGUCUUGCAAAUUUAUCAGCAGCAAUUGUGUGAGCUCACUGGAAAUAAGUGACUUCAUAAAGUAAUCAGGUUUUAAAUAAAACUGAAACAAAACUCAAACUGCUGGAGGAACUCAGUGGCUCGAGCAGCAUCAAUAGAGGCAAAGAUGUGGUUGAGUUUUUGGACCGAGACCUUGCAUCAGUUCUAAUGCAGCGAGUUGACAUGAAGCAUCAAGAUUGUUGAACAUCAACAAAUAUCUCUGUCGCCACAGAUGCUGCAUGACCUGCUAGGUGCGUCCAGCACUUUGUUUUUUGAUCCAGAAUGUGGCAUCUGCAGACUCUUGGGUCUUCGGUUAAAUAAACUGAACGAGCUGCAAGAUGCAAAUGUUUGUUCCAAAUAGAACCAGCAGUUCUUUUCUAAUCAUUGAAGACCAUGAUGCCUUUCAAUGGGCUAACAUAACUGUUAUUUUAUACUACAUUUUUUCAUAUUUCAAUUGAAAUAUCACAGUGAUACAAGUACAUUGUAAAGUUAUUGUCAACUUUUUUUGAUGGGGGUGGGAUGGGGAAGUUUUCAAGCAUAUUAAAAUUCAUGGGACAAUCAGGAAUAGUUCUAGGAACAAAAUAUUCUGAAAUCUCAGUUGAAACCUGUACCCUUUCUGCCGGGAACACUGCGCUGCAGGACUUUUUCUUUUGCGCAGUAAUAUCCUUUUAAAACUUUUUUUGAUAGUUGACUGACUUUAUGAUCAUGUUGUGGAUCAUAUCUUUGUUUGUAACACUUCUAUUCGUAAAUAUGGUAUAAAGUGCAAGGCAUUGUACCAAACAACUAUGCCCCUUUAAUAAAAUAUUUAUCAGUAAGAACUAUGAAAUUCAGCUGCUGUCAUUAAUGAGCCUUUUUCAAGUUUUUAGUCAAACCUUAACUCAACAUGGUAAAUGAACAAAAGUAAGUGAAUAUUUAUGUUAUCUGAAUAAAAUCUUUUUUAAACU